GAUGGUCCCCGGGCUCCCUAACCCCGAACAUAGUCGUAUAUGGGCUCAAAUGCAGAACAACUAUCGAGUUCAGUCCAAUGGUGACACAAAUUCCGCUCAGAUGAACCCACAAAUGGCAGAUCUUGCUCGAAACCAGGGGCUCGGUCAUGGCCACUCACAAGGUCCCUUGGUCCAACAGAUUCAGCAGCAAUUCGGUCUUGCAAACGUCCAGCGUGUCCCUCCCCCUGCCUCGUCCUUUCAUGACCCCCAGUCCUCCAUCCCUCCAUCUUCUAUCAUACCACCUAACUUUUCCUCGAUGACUAUGAAUACCCCACAAAUGAAACCAGGCAAUCCAAACCAGGCUCUGGCUAGCCGUCCGCUGCACCUCAUGGAUCGUCCUUCCAAUCAACAAAACCAGCACCCGCCUCAGUCCAUGACACUUCAUAUGCAGCAGCAGAUGGGUGCACAGCCAGGUUCUAGUCCGCAGAAUCCCUCGGACAUGUUUUCAUCUUCCAAUAUGACUAAUGUUGAUGCAAUGCAUGGUUCUCCGCAUCUGGCGGCACAACCUCUUGGGACCCAGAUGGGUCAUCCGAAUAUGAGGGCGGCAUCGACCCAGAAGAUACCUACCCUCCCAGAACUGAUACAAAGGAGGGAGUAUCUGCAAUCAGCCAUAAAUAGCUUUGAGCAGAGUAUCCAAACCGUACUUGCGCAAACGAGAGGUUUCCCUGAUGAAGCAUGGUCGGCGAAGUUGGAAAAGAUGCGCGUUGAGCUCCACAACCGCAAGACUCUCUUCCUCAGAAUCAAUCAGGCUAUCCAACUGGCUUCAAAUUCCCCUGGCAUACUUGGAGGAAAUCUACCACAUCUAAAUACAAUGCCCUCUGCUUCUGGUCGACCAGGUGUUACGCAGGGUGGUGGAGCACCUCAACAACCCUGGCCACAGUCGUCUAGUCCCGCUCCAAAUUUCGGAAUGAGCCCUGGGGCCAGCGGUCCUUCGCAGAUUCCAACGCCAGGUCAGGCCCAUCCCAUGACUUCACAACUAUCCGGACAGGGUGGCCAGAUACAACGCCCUGGUGCUGUACCUCCACGCACUGGCCCUACUCCCCAGCAGCUUCCUACGGGCAUGCCUACUAUGAUGUCACAGAACAUGGGUCCUCAAUUCAAUCCUCAGUCCGUUGCUAAUGGCCAGACCCCGAAUAGAAUGGUCAACUUAUCGACUCUCGGCGUUUCCCCUCUUGACAAGCCUCGCUUCGAGGCUAUGUACACGUCCUUUUGCAAGAGUCAUCACGUGGAGCCCAACGUGCACGUUCUGCUACCUGAUAAUCGCUCAGUUGAUUUGCAUAACCUGCAUGUUCAGGUCUUUCGCGAAGGUGGCGCUCAGUUGGUCACUCAACGUGAUUUAUGGGCGGUCAUAGGUGGUCGCAUGGGUCUUGUACAGUUUCCAGGCACGGAUACUGAGCCAGCUAAGAGUGGCCCUGGUAUCGCACAGCAGCUCGCUCACGCAUACAAAGAGCACCUGCAGGCUUUCGAGAGUAUGCUCGUCUUCACCGUUAGAUCUCGCGCUGCACAAAAAAACAAUUUGUCACAGAAUGGCGCUCAGAACAACCCUCCUGGGAGUACCUCAGGUUCGGCUGGGGAAAUGCCAUCCUCCGUUAUGCGUGUUCCUCUCAAUCCACAAGCCAUGGCAAGUGCUGUGCGUUUCGUCCAUAUGACUGUUGGUGAGAUGCGUGCAAGUGGCUUGCCAGAACAGACGAUUGUCACGAUCGACCGGUAUCGUUCGGACAUAUUGCGUUGGCAGCAGCAGAGUCGAUUGGCGGCGACGAAGCCCAGUCAGCAAAUCGUUAAUCAUGAGGCGCCCGGUGAGCAGCCGGGUAUGUCCACCGCACACCAAGGAGCCUUCCCGAGCCAGGUGUCAACCGCUGGUCCUAGCCUGGUGGUCACGCCACAACGAGGACAGCCAUCUAUUGGGAUGCAACCCUCGCCGAUGACGGAGAUGAAGCCUGCCAAUCAGUCAGGAGCCAUUCUACCGCCAACUCAGGAGCAGAUCGCACAUGCAAUGUCUGUCAUCCAACAUACGAAACAUGUUUUCUCAUCCCGACUACAAACAAUGCAACCGCUCACAGUACCAGAUGACCAGCGAAUGGAGUACAACCAGCUACUAGAUCAGGUUCAGAGGAUGACUCGGGACCUUGACGGCAGACUGCCAAUGUACUGGAUUGUCUUGAGAUCGGAUGAUAUGAUUCGCAGGCUCGUUGCAAUUGUGUUGACGGUGGCACAUCAGAGGGCUCGUUUUCCAAUGGGGUCACCACAAGUCAUAAUCGGUCUUCAUACUCUAAAGAGCAUGUAUAACCAAGUACAAAAGGCUAACGAGGAAUUCGAACAAAGGUUUCAAAUAAUGAAAGCCGCCCUCGCAUCGCAGCAAACGGGUGGACUUAGUGGUCCUCAUAUAAAUCGAGCGCCCCCACCUCCUCCCCCGCCGCAGCCCACCCCUCCUCAAACCCUCCAACCUCCCCAGGUUGGGCCUCCUAUGAGCCGCCAUCCCUCCGUAAACCAGUCCCAGCCGCCUUCGCAUCCCCAGCCACCUUCGCAUCCACAGCCACCCCAGCCCCUGGUCAAGAAACCUCCUGUACGCGCGCCCCCAAGUCCCUCCGUCCCUGCGACCACUGUCAUACCAAGCGCAGUGCCAUCACCUACUCCACUACCUGCAACAGCUUCUACUGCCCCCACUCCUCUUGCGGCCGCUUCCCCACAAACUCCAAAGUCUCCCAAGUCUAAACCUCCACCAAAGGCGAAGACCACCCAGCGUGCUCUCAAGCAACCUAUUGCAUCUCCCUCCGAACCCCCAGCUGCGUUUACCCCUGGCGUGAAACGCCAAGCCCAAGCUGACGAGGAUGUUUCUAUUGCCGCGGGUCCCUCUACUCAGCCCGAGUCUAUUGGUGCGCCAUCUCCCAAGAAGGUGAAGACUGAAGAUUGGGAGGGAGAGCCUAGCGAGGGACUCGUGAAGAGGCACCAAGAGGUUGAAAAUAUCAAUACGGACGAGGACGCAAAUGCUUUCAUGGAUAAGAUGAAGGAGCUGGUCGCCAUGACUGCCUCGACAGACGCCGGCGUGUACGACGACAUCGCUCACACUCUUGACCGGAUUUUACAAGGCGCCGCCCAAGACCCAACACAUAUCGCAACCUCUGCUUUCGCUUCAAGCAUCAGCGGACCGCUGUCGGAACUCUCGCCUCCAGCGGCCCCUAACGAUGCGUUCUUGGAGUUCCAUGAGUUUAUUGAUUAUAGUCGUUUCACUACUCUGGAAGACGAGGAAGACUCGAAAGCUCCCACCCCCGACCUUGUACCGUCAUCCACGAACCCCAGCCCGCAGUCUAACCCGGAUGCUGAUCAGUCACAGGGUGCAUCAUCCCCCGGCAAAAUCAAGAUCGAGGAAUCAAGGGAAAGCAGCCAUCUCGAUCUCCUUCAUAUGGGGGCAUUCAAGGAGAUUGACGGCGGCGAGUCCGCCUAUUACCAGUCAUCUGAUUGGAAGUGGGAGGGUCCUAUGACCACACUUGACCAACCGUGGGCAAUUUACCAGACUUCAUGAUAGGAAUUAUAGGGGAGAAUUCUGGUUUGUUUUGUUGCUUAUUUAUGAAUCUUCUUUUCUUUUAUAUGCUGGAUAUACUCGCUCGUCCGUGAUGCCCUUCCGUUACACUGAUCAGACUUGUCAACUCUACGUCCUGUCAUCCAUACUAGUAGUAUCUUGGUUUCGUGUUUCACUCUCUGUAUUUCUUAAUGUUGUUCUGACUUGCUAUCGUAUCUUGCUCCGAAAUCAU